AUGGGUCUACUUGCUGCCAUACAAGACGGAAAUAAGAAAGGAUAUAACCUCAGAUUGACCAUAACAGAUUUGGACGGUCAUAUAUACUAUGCAAAUGGCAAUGUCACAACAGCUGCAAAACUUCUUGACGCUUUCAAGACUACAAAGAGAGAACAAAUGGUUGACUCCGACUCAGACAUUUUGAAUGCAAUUGAAGGAAUUGUAAGCGUGAAGUUCGAAUGGUACCAACCUAACCCUCAAGCAGUCAGACAACUUGUUUGUUAG